AAGGAAAGUUGCUUGAAGAUGCAGUAUCAGCGUUGAUAAGAUUUUUGACGGACCGACGACAAAAAAUAUCUAAGAAAUUGAAUUCUAAACCGGAAAAGGGAGGUGAUAUUUCCUCAGGGUCAUCCAAUGUUAACGGGAAUUACAACCACAACUUGGAAAUGGCAGAACUGGUAGAUACGGCUCUACUGAGAUCGUAUAUGUUCACAAAUGAUGCAUUAGUCGGGCCGCUUCUUAGGGUGCCUAACCACUGUAAUGUUGAGGAAAGUGAAGGGCUUUUAUUAGAGCGUAAGAAAUACAAAGAGCUGGUUGAUUUAUAUCAUGGAAAAGGCUUGCAUCGCAAAUCUUUAGAAUUGUUGAAGAA